UUUGGGGUGCCUUCUAUGUCAUUCUUCUGAGGUGAAGUUCUCGCUCGGCAAGUAAUUGUUUUGGUAAUGCAAGUGCGCAUUAGCUCUUAGUGAGCUGAGUCGUGCGCCAAAGGGCGCCUGCCACGGGACGAGAGGCGUCCGACGUUAAGGGACAGGUGGGGUUCCGCUCUCGGCGGUCAGAUCAGAGGAGGACGAUGGGCGAUGUAGUUCGAGCUCAUUUAAUGCAGGGUUGGAGGGAAUGACAGGGUGCAGAGUACAGCGGAUGUUGGAGGAGAUAAGCUUCGAUCCUUUGUCUCAUUAGAUCGUUGGUUUAAAGAGAGGCGAUUCUAGCAAUUAAAAUGAGCAUCUUUGCUACUUGAGAUUGUGCCAAGGUGAUACGAAGAAGACAUUUUUUCUCUCUUCCAAGUGAAGGCUCCCAUAAGACAAAGAGCGUCUUCAUGGUGGAUAUAUCAUAAAACUCGUAGAAGAAUGAUAAAAAUAAUUUUCUCUCCCUCCUCUAUCAUCCGAUUCAUCUGGAAGUAGCCAUGGAGAAGAAGAUCCGAUCGCCCGAUCAAUGAGGGCAUGGGUCGUCGGAUAAGGACAGCAAGGGAUCGCCAGAUUUGACGCGUGGAAGAAGCACGGCGAGUAGGUCCUCGCCCACAAAGGGACAGCCAACUGGCUCCUCCUCGCCUAUCGUUAAACCAAGAAACUGUUUUGCUGUCAUAUCUGCUUCUCCGUUGGAUAACGUGUGCGUACCAGCUUGUUUGUUAUUUUGUCUUCUUGCAUGCUCUGCUUUCUUCUUUCCCUUGCUUGGGUAUGUUUGGUGCUCCAGUCGUUAAUUCUUUAGUUCCUUUCUGAUCUUUUGCGGUUUCGAGUGAGAAAGGUGACUAUAGUGGUGGAGAUGGAGUAAAUGAGAUUCGGAGAUGGUUAGGUGGAAGAAGGAGAAGGUCAGCAGGGUUUCAAGGUGGAGUUUGAGCCAUAACGAGGCAUUGGGAGAAGCAGGCGGCGGCAGGUCGGAAGAAGAAGGUGCACGUUUUUGGCCGAUGCUUACUACUCCCACUUCCGCUAGUCUAACUAAUAGGAAGAGAGCUAGGCUUGAUGGAAAGGUGGUUGAUGAUUGUGAUGCUGUUGAUCCUUCACCCGUGCCAAGGAAAUUGAGAUCAGCUAUCAAUAAAUGCAGCAGCCAGUCAUCAUCUCCUGCAAUACCAGGUGCAAAGAAGAAACCCUAUCAUACUUUUAAUGGACUCCAAGUGCUGCAUGGGAAUGGUGGAAGGAGAUGCAAGCAAAAUGUGCUGCUUGGCUCAUUAACUGAGGAUGAAAAGGAAGUACUCGAAGCCUUGUGUGCAUUAUCCAGAAUUCUACCUAUUAAAGAGAGAAUUCAGGACGAUAAAGACAGGGAAAUCUCUGAGAAUCACCAGGAUAAUAUUGCUACCCCAACAACUCAUUCGGAAGCUAUGAAAGAGGACAAAAAUCUUUUGCAACAAAACACUACCAUUGGAAUUAAGAGUCCCUCUUUUUGUUUGGAGAAGACAUUAGAAAAACCAAUGAAGGAUGAACAUGCUAUUUCCAAGCAACCUGACACAAAUUCUGGAAUGCAAAUUAUUGAUUCAGGUUUGAGUAUAGCCCCUGAUUCUGGAAGUCAUAUAACUCCUCUAUCUGAAAAUGUGCACCCAGAAAAUAUUCCUGGAAAUCUUAAAAGUUUUUUGAGCCCCUCAGGAUUUUUGCCUCGUCAUUGUACUGAAAAUAGAACACUGCAACCUACUCAAUGUGGUUCUAUCAUAGCCUUUCCACCAUGCAAAUCAGAAAUGCUACAACCUAAUGGAUGUGUUGGAUCCGCUGCACUGAAACAUGAGGUUCAAUAUUUGAAGCAUAACAGUGAAAGCAGUACAAAACUUGUGUACCAGAAAGGAAAUGUUCCGCCCCAUAUUCAGCUUUCUUCAAGCAAUUCUGCAGUUUGGCCUGGCCCUGCCACUAGUAUUACUUCAAAAGAAGUUGAUCUUCCAACUAUGAAGGUUCCUCUUGAUGUAACACCAUUAUGGAAAAAGUGCGCUAUUCAUGUAUUCAUAAGCCAUAUGAUAAAAAGCUACCAGGAAAAGGAGCAGCAGCACACACUCAUACUGCCAUCUGAGGACUCAAAGUCCAGGGUUGGGUCGGAAUCACGUGAACUAGUAAACAAUGAGAGAACUGGUUUACAAAGUAGAUUGAAAAUUGUGGCAUCUGCUGCUAUCUAUGGUUCUACAGUGGAGAGGAGCAAACAUGCAGGAACAAAUGAAAUUUCAUGUAACAGAAGACUUGUUUCAGCUCACAUAUCAUCAGUCUUAUCUGAGUACAAACAAAAGCAGAGCUGUGAUUUUCUUUCGUUAUCCACUAACAGUGAUACUGGUAGUACUGCAAAUGGAGUGAAGGCUCCUGUGCAGCUUCAUUCUCCCUUUUUCCAUGCCCAGGUUCCCUUCCCAGUCUCUCAUGUACCAUAUGUUCCAGCUUACCCAGAGAAGCUAGUUGCUCCAGCUACUCAACAGGUGCAACCACAAUUACCACAUUAUGCAGGCAACCCGUUCUAUGGACCACAAAUGAACAACACCAUAGGCAAUUCACAACCGCAGCACCAGCAGCAACAGAUAUGUCAAGCUCAUAUUGCACGCUAUAGGUCCCCAGUUGGCAUUGCUGUGUUGCAGAAUGAUCAAACACAUAACUCUCUCUCUCCUUCUACACAACUGCAAGGUUUCUCAUCACUAUCCUCCAAACCAAAGCCUCAGCAGCAGCACCACCACCACCAACUUAGUCUGCACGGCAGGAGACAACACAAAGAUCCCCAUCAGUUUCAGCUGCUGUACAGCACGAGUCGCUCCUGAAGACAAGUGAUAAGAUGGAAUGAAGGCAUUUAAGCUCGGGCUUUCGUCCAUGUAAGCCAUGAGAUAUGCUUAAUCAAGAUGAUGGACUACUGGCUCACCAGAUGCUGCUCAUUGAAUUCUAGGUGAAGCUUUGUACAAUCGGGAGCAAACAUGAUCCAAUGUUGCUACUGUUCUCUUUAUUUUUUUUAUGCUAAAGCAGUGGGCUAUAGAAAGAACUCUCUGCUGUAUAUCUGACAUUAUAAUCAAGUUAAAGGAGUUACAGGCCUUUUCUCA